UUUCCUUGAUGAUAGAGGCAAUAAUCAUGAAGGUGAUAUUGGAACGUACCCCAUGGAGGAGAUUGAGUUUGAUUGGAAGACUGCAAAAGGUUCUGACCUUGAUUGUGGAAUUUAUACAAUGAUUAGUAUGUUGACAUUUGAAGGAAUCAAAUGUAGCUGUCCUGAUUUGAAAGAGCCCCGUAAAAGGAUUGUUCUGCGUGCCGAAAUAUGUGCCACACUUGUGUUAUCUGACAUGAAUGACAAACGGGCAGAAGUUCUCAAUAAACUUGCUGAUUUCAAUUCCAAACGAGUAGAUGUCUAUCCACAUGUGGUAACCAGGAGGAAGCAAAAAUUGGCAAAUGAUAGGAAGUUGAAGAAAGAAGCUUCCAAAAAGGAGAAGGAAGUUGAAAAGAAAGCAGAGGAGAAUGCCAAUGAGAACAAGAAACCAGAGGGUAAAAUUGCACAGGAGAAUGCCAAUGAGAACGAGAAACCAGAGGGUAAUAUGGCAGAGAUGAAUAACAAUGUGGCAGAUGUGAAUGAUAAUGCGGCAGAGGGCAACGAACAACCGUUGAAGACUUUUACUUCAAGAAAACGUCUUAAAAGGAAUGUAGCAGAUGCAUCUGUCCCCGAAAAUGUAGGACCACCAGAGAAGAAGCAAGCUCCUACCAAACGGACGGCAAAGAAACCUGCAGCAUGAAAUUUUAAUAUUAGUUUUAAAGUUCAUCAAAACUCUAAGUACAAUAAUCUUAACUUUUACAUUUUCACAAAAAUAUUUCUCUAGAGUAUAAUGCCAUUUUUGUGUAUAUAUGGCAUAUAAUUUUGGUUUUUGGUGAUGUUCAGUAGAACAUGGAAACAUGUAUUUUUAAAGUUGUUGAUUCUAUGGUUAAAGUUAAGAUUAUUAUUUUUAAA